AUGGAAGGAAUCACCUACUCGGAGGCCAAGUUGACGCAAACGGUAGCCUCCGCAGCAACCUGUGCGGUAUCGUCAAACGAUGGCGAGAUGUAUCAGCAGCUCAUUGUCAGAGGGAAAUGCCAUUGCUAUACUCGGCACGUCCUGAAUCUCACCGCUCAACUUGACUUCAACAAGAAGCGCUUUCCAUCGAGAAUGGGCUAG